AUGAAAUUUUCAUCAGUCUUAGCCUUCACAUUCUCAUUAGGUGUUACCUUAGCAGCUGGUCCAAUCAACAUUUAUGUUACCAAAUACAACACCAUUGAAGUUGUUGAAACUGCCACCACCACUGUUACUCAAAAUUCCUCACAACUAUUAGAAUUUGGUAUACAAAUGAACAAGCUGGAAUUUGAAUCACCAAUAAUUGAUUGCCUUCAACAUUUGGUUAGAUAUUGGAUUGCCGCCACAUAG